AUGGUGGUAUGGAGAGUGGAGAACAGGCCAGCGGAGACCAACUCAGAGGUGGAUAAGUCAGCAUCACCCUCCGUGGCUCAGCUAGCAGGGAAGUUCAAAGAGCAAGCAGCCAAUAUCACUGGAAAAGAGAACAGGCCAGCGGAGACCAACUCAGAGGUGGAUAAGUCAGCAUCACCCUCCGUGGCUCAGCUAGCAGGGAAGUUCAAAGAGCAAGCAGCCAAUAUCACUGGAAAAGAGGUGCCACCACAUAAGCCAACUAGGAGGAAACCACCAUGUUCCCUUCCAUUGUAUUCCCACAAAACUGAGACAAGUGACAAUGAUGAGCAAAAGAGGUCUCCGAACACUUGCCCCGUGCCCAAGGUCAAGGUGAAAAGCUCUCCUAUGAUUGAAAAGCUGCAGGCCAACCUGGCUUUUGCUCCAGCCGCCCUGCUGCCGGGAGCGUCUCCCAAAAGCCCUGGUCUGAAAGCCCUGGUGUCCCCGUUCGGCACCCCCCCCUCGACGCCCAGCAGCCCCGGGGUUCAGCCCCAGCCCGGGGAGGAGGGCGAGAUGCCCGUCAGCUUCGAUCAGCCCCCAGAAGGCACUCAGCUGCAGUUCUACAACAAGGUGCGGACACGGGGAUCAAUAAAGCGCAGGCCUCCCUCCAGAAGGUUCCGAAGGUCCCUGUCCGAGUACGGAGACGCGGAAGAUUUAGGGGUCAACAUCUCCUCUCCAGAAAAUGGUGCCAAGGAAGAUGGGGAUGAGGUGUUUGCGCACAAGGGCAAGGCAGAGGACGCAGAAACAGGGAGCAAAGAGCAAAAGAAACAGAUCGAGAAGCCCCCAUCAAGAAAAGGAUCCAGAUCAGAAGAUGAAGAAAAAGGGGGAAAACAGGCAGAGAAAAUUACCCCUUGCAAAAGUGACAUGGGGGAUACAAAGGAGGAGGAGGAGUUGUGUCAGGGUGCCCCAGGAGAGAAGAACUCUCUCCAGCCUUCCUCUGGAGACAAGGAGGAGAAGGUGUGUGAGGGUCCCCAGGCAGAAGAGCAGGAAGACGGUUCCUGUGAACAGGAAAAAGGGGACAAGGAGAAGGAAGAAGCUGAAACUAAAGCUGAAGCGAAGGAGACCCGUGAGAGCACAGAUGCACAGCGAACGUCAGACACUGAAGAAACACCAGUGGCACCUGAGCGGCGGCAGGAGGCCGGGGGCUCGGAGGCAGCCAGGGAGCCUUCAGCGCCAGCCACGCAGGACCAGAGCUCAGGGUAA